AUGUUGAUUGACGUUGUCCGUGGUCAAAACAGGAAACCGAAUGUUCUCGAACCCAAAGCAGUCAUAUCGACGUCCAUACCGUUGUGGUGCGGUGUUCGACGGUUCCUUUUUCCCGCUCCAACGUCAAUAAUCCUGAACGUCUGGAAGCAGCCUCAAAGCGCCAGAGGUGCAACGUCGAGUUUUCUGUUCAAGCAGUCUAGCACUUCAUACCUUAACUACGAAUAG